GUAAAAACAUGGGGGCUGGGCGUGAGGUCCCAAUAUCGCUGGACGGAGUAAGGGACAAGAACUUGAUGCAGUUGAAGAAGCUCAACACGGUUCUCUUCCCCGUUCGCUACAAUGACAAGUACUACGCCGAUGCCCUCGCUUCUGGCGAUUUCACCAAGCUGGCGUACUAUGGUGAUAUCUGUGUUGGUUCAAUUGCAUGCCGGCUUGAGAAGAAGGAAGGUGGGGCUAUCCGUGUUUAUAUCAUGACAUUGGGUGUCUUAGCACCAUAUCGGGGUUUGGGCAUUGGUACGAGGCUGUUGAACCAUGUUCUUGAUCUCUGCUCCAAGCAAAACAUGUCUGAGGUUUACUUGCAUGUACAGACAAACAAUGAGGAUGCCAUAAACUUUUACAAGAAAUUCGGGUUUGAAAUCACGGCCACCAUAGAGAACUACUACACAAACAUUACCCCACCAGACUGCUAUGUUCUUACAAAGUAUAUCACUCAAAACAAGCAAUAGUAUUUCAAAGCUAGUCCACGAUGGGAGAGUCCUUGGUGGUUGUGGCGUUAUUAAUUGAACUUUACCUUGCAUUGGUUAUACUGGAGUUUUAGUUUCUAAACUUAGGAGGUCCUUAACAUGCUGAAAUGCAUUGGUCACAUUGGCUAUUUGAUACUUUGGCUGCUUUCUGGUUUAGUGAACUAUUUUAUUGAUC